GGAAUUUUUGAUAAAAAAUAGUUAGAAGAAUAGCCAAAUUUUAUUUGAAGAAUUAAAUUUAAACAAAAACAGUAAGAGUUUUCUUUUCACUAAUUUAUCCUUCAUUAAAAUAAUUAGAGAUAAAAAUAUUUCUUCAUAUAUUCUUUCAUACAUGAGAAAAAGAGAAAUGGAAGAAAAUUGAUGUAUCAAUAAUUUGAUAAACUUUUCUACUCAAACAAUGAAUUCGUUAUAAUUUUUUCUAAGAUAUAAUCACUAAUUAAAAUUUAUUUCUACUAAUAUUGUUAGUGGACUUUUUAUGUUUGAUGAAGAAUGAGAGGGUGGUUCAUAUAUUUUUGGUGUGGAGGUUGAACCGACAAGGUAAUCUAGGAGGAGAUAUACUGUCGAAACUGAUUAGACAAAGCAAACAUGAAACAAAAUGCAUCACCUCACAAGUCAGUCACUAGGAUGAAAGCAAAACUAAAUAUGUACUUUUGAAACUAAAGCUGAAUGAAUGGUUUAAUUUUUUUUCAGCAGAUGAUGGAAUUUAAUUUCAAAGAAAUCAAUAAGUGAUAAAUGUUGGAGAAUCAUAUGUUUGUGAUAAGCUCACAUUUGGAUGUAUUAUAAAUUGAACCGGUAAUGACCAGCUCGUAAUUUGAUUGUCUUACUAUACAUAAGAUCGCAACUAUAGGCUAUUUUUAAUAACCAAGGAAAUCAAAAUCUCAAUCAUUGGCCGGCCAAGAAAAUAAUAUUUCAUUUAUGAACUACUGUCUAGAAAAGGCAGAACACAUAUAUAAGAUUUCAAAUGCAUUUGGUAUUAUUAUCAUGUGAGGCUAUACUUUACGAUACUAUAAAAUAAAACGAUCAUACCAUUAUAUUUUUAUUACGCGUACAAAUCAUAAAAAACAUUUAUUCAUAAUAACCACAAUUGAAAAUGAUCAAAUACAUAUUUUGGUUGGUAAACCACAAAUACAACUUACAUAAAACAAAUGUAAAUAACUGAUUUAACACUUAAGUUUUUAUACCAAUGGUGAAUGGUUUAUAAGUUAACAAGAACGAAUAUAUAAUCAUAAACAAUGAUUAAUGAGAUUGUUACGAGAGAUGGAUGUGCUUGGUUUUUAGUUUUGGACAUUCAACGAAAGGAGAGACCAGGUUAAAUUAUUUGAAACGAAAGUGAUUGUCGGGGAGAUUUGAUUGGCCUAGUAAUCCUUGUCCAAAUUGCUAACUUACCUAACACUUAAUACAUAUAAAGAUAGCUUCUUUAUACAGGAUUUUGAAUCAAACAUCUCACCUAAAUCCUAAAAAAUGGAACUGCGUAUACGUACGUACGUACGUACAUACAUACAUACAUACAUACAUACAUACAUACAUACAUACAUACAUACAUACAUAUAUAAUUAUUAUUUUUCUUGGAACAUAUGUUUAUAAUAAUUGUAAUAACGUUUUAUAACGAAUAAACGAUAGUAAAAUUGCACAAAAAGGUUACAACAAAGACAAACUCAUUUGAUUAAGAUAGAGCUACUUAUAGCAUUUAUUACACUAGGUAUAACAUGAAUAAUCAUGAACACUCAUUAUUCAUGCUCCCAGAAUAAAUCAAUAAUUCAGAUCAAUGGAUGAUGGAUCAUUACAACAUUAAUUUUUCUUUGUCUUCUUUUACUCUCAACUGUCCACUACUAUACAAUUACUGUGUGGGCUCUGUAGCUCUAGGUCAGAUUGCACACAUCAAAAGUGUCCUUUUUCUGUAAACAUCAUUCAUUUAAAAAAAAAAGUCACAUGUCCAUCCAAUUCCAUAAAAUAGAACUCACACUUCACUUCCCACGACCACAUCACUUCACAUCUAUAUCCAAAUUUUACUUUCUUUCUCUUUACAUAUUCUCUAUACUGCUAUAUACACAAACUAGAAACUAUAAAUGAAUCCUUCAUUCAAAGGAGACCAAGAAAUGUUAAAAACCAAGAAACAAGGUCAUCAAGAUCUUGAGUUAGGUUUGAAUCUUUUGCCAAGUGCUACGACCUCAUCAGAGCUCAAUCUCAUGGAUUCUUUCAAAACCAGUUCAUCGUCGACUUCUCAUCAUCAUGGCAAUCAUCAAGAACAUUUGGAAGAUCCGCGAGUGUUCUCGUGCAAUUAUUGUAAGAGAAAGUUCUAUAGCUCCCAAGCAUUAGGCGGCCACCAAAACGCUCAUAAACGCGAACGCACCUUAGCCAAACGAGGACAGUACUACAAGAUGAGUCUCUCAUCCUCGUCUCCUUCUUCAGCGUUCGCUUUUGGCCACGGUUCAGUCAGCAGAUUCGCAAGCAUGGCAUCCUUACAGUUACAUGGCUCGGCUAAUAACAGAUCAACGCUAGGGAUCCAGGCUCACUCAGCGAGUCAUAAUCCCUUGUUAGGAAGACAAACAGCGAGUUUAAGUCAUGUUUUCAAACAUACCAUUCACCAGAAACCGGGCACCGGAAAGAUGUUGCCGGAGAAAUUUCACCUUGAAGUCGCCAGCAGUAAUAACACUAUUGCUCCUAAGUUGGAGAUGAUUGGACAUUUCAAGAGCAAAGAAGAAGAUAAUAAUCAGUUUAAGAAGAUUGACUUGACUCUUAAGCUAUGAUAUCUUAAUCUUCAUCUUCUUUUUAGUCUUCAUUACUAUACCUUUUUGGUUUUUAUUAUCUUUUGAUUCUUAUCUUUGUUUAGUAUAAUGAUUGACAGGAUCGAUGUGUUAGAGUUCCAUUAAUCAAGUUGUACCUUUUCCCCUCAAUAUAUGUUGGUGUGGUUCAAUAUUAGAGGUCUAUUUUAAGCA